AUGGACUCUAUUCUUGGUCUCGUACAGGCACUGCCUGCUACCGACUCAUGGGGACCUCCCGUCACCACCGACACCCUGCGCGACGGUCUCCCCUACGCUCCCUUCUCCAAGGGCGACAAGCUUGGCCGCAUGGCCGACUGGACCGCUGAGGGCAAGGACCGCGAAGGCAGAGGAGGCAGACAACAAUACGGUCGCAACUUCAGAGGUGAGGAAGAUUUGAGAAGAGCCGAGGGAAUACUGAGGCUGACAAGUCACUACAAACAGNACCAGCCCUACGGCGCCGGCGCAGGACUCCAAACCGCUCUCAACAUCGAAGGAAUCGGCGAGGAAGCCAGCUUCUCCAUUGUCGACAACUCGCGCACCGCCGCUCGCCGCACUUUCGGCCGUGGUGGUGGUACCGUUUUCCGUGGACGUGGUGGUGCUCGUGGUGGCGCUGCUCAGCGCGGUGGCCGUGGUGGCACUUUCCAGCGCGUUGGUGGUGCUAGACCUGGACAACAGCAAUACGACAACCGCGGCGCGCAACGUGGAGGCCGUGGUGGCCGCAGAGGAGGCUGGAAGGACUGGGACAAGCCGCAACGCACUCGUGAGGCUUCGGUCCAGCCUCGCGAUACCUGGAAACUGCUCGAGGAGAUUGACUUCAACCGUCUGAUCAAGCUGAACCUGGACACUGGCGAUGGCGAGGAUGUUGAAGACUACGGAUUCCUCUACUACUACGACCGCCAGUUCGACAAGCAGCCUGGUGCUCCUACCUCUUUCCGCAAGCUUAACGUUGUUGAGCGUGCUGCUUACAAUGUCACAACUUCUCACGACCCCAUUAUCCAGGACCUGGCCUCGAAGGACGCCGCUUCCAUCUUCACCACCAGCGAUAUCUUGUCCAUGCUGAUGUGCGCUCCUCGCUCCGUCUACUCAUGGGAUUUGAUCAUCACCAGACAAGGCAACAAGGUCUUCAUCGACAAGCGUGAGGGCAGCAACGUCGACCGUGUCACCGUCAACGAGAACGCCGCCGAUGCACCUCUUGAGACUUCCGAGGGCACCAAGGACACCAUCAACAACGUUGGCGCCCUUAUGGAGGAGGCCACCCACAUCAACCACGUCUUCCCUAUCCAGACCGUCACUGAGAGCCAAACGUCCAAGCGCGACAUGGCCAACGAGCACCCCUUCUACAACCCCGAGGAGGAGACCGAUCCCCCUGCCUCCAAGGCCUACAAGUACCGCAAGUUCGACCUUUCGCUCGAGGCCGACGAGCAGCCGCUACACAUUAUUGUCCGUACCGAGCUCGACGCUGUUGUCAAGAACGCCAUCUCUGGCGAGGACCAAUACCUUACCAUCAAGGCUCUCAACGAGUUUGACAACAAGGCCAUCGGCAGCGGUGGUGCUCUUGACUGGCGCACUAAGCUGGCUUCUCAGCGUGGUGCCGUUGUUGCUACUGAGAUGAAGAACAACAGCUGCAAGCUCGCCCGCUGGGCUACCCAGGCCAUCCUCGCAAAGGCCGACCAGAUGAAGAUUGGGUAA